AUGGAUGGCGCUCAGGGUAAGAGGGUCGCUGAGCUCGAGGAGACACUGGAGGGUGAGGUGGCAGCGGCUGCAGUUACUCGUGAGGAGCUCCAGAGAACUAGGGCUCGACUUACUAGAUUAGGAGUGGAGAUGUCAGAUGCAAACAAUGAAGACAUUGUUAUUACAAUCACAGAUGUUGAAGCAACAGAAACUGCAGCUAAACAAGAACCUGAAGGAGAAGAAACAAAUAAAGGUGAAAAGAGGAAAAGAGAAGUGAAGGCAUCAGGGGAGAAUCUAUCUGAUAUAAUUAUCAAUUGCUUGCUAGAGUGGAAUAUUGAUAAGAUAUGCACCAUAACUAUGGAUAAUGCUUCAACUAAUGAUGUUGUUGCUAGAUGCCUGCAAGAGCAUUAUUCAUUUAGAGGUGCAUUAUUGGUAAAUGGGAGCAAUAUUCAAGUUCGUUGUUGGGAUCAUGUUCUUAAUUUGAUUGUUCAAGAAGGAUUAGAUGAGAUUAAUGAUUGUAUUCAUAGGGUUAGGAAUGCAGUGAAAUAUGUUAGAGGAUCUGCUAAGAGAAAACUUGAGAGAGCUUAUGACCGCAUGAAAACUCGUGAUUUGAACUUCAAGGAUCCUCCCUUGGCUGAUGAUUGGGAAAAAGCUCGGAUUGUUCAUGGUUUUCUAGAAACUUUUUACACUGUCACAAAAAUUUUAUCUGGCAGCAAAUAUUACACAGCUAAUGUGUUUCUUCGUGAAAUUUACCGUGUGUUCAUAUUAUUAAGGGAAACUUCUAUAGAGGACAGCCCACUUCUUGGAAGUAUGGCAGUGAACAUGUUGGUGAAAUUUGAGAAAUAUUGGCUAGAAAAAGAGCCAAAUAUCUUGCUAUCUGUUGCUUUUGUUUUAGAUCCCAGGUUUAAAAUGAGAAAAUUGAAGACCAUCUUUAGCAAGAUUUAUGAGAGCUAUUUAGCACCAUAUAUGUUAGAUCGUGUUCAAAAAACACUUCAAGAUCUUUUCAUCGAGUAUGUAAAGGCUUAUGAAGUGAGUUGUCAGCAGGAUAUAACUUCACAAAACGAAAAAACUACAGGGACAAGCAGCAUCACUUCUUCCACAGCAAAGAAGAAUUACAUAGAUGAUUUUUAUAGCCUUGACGAGGAAGAAGAUAGCACUUGUAGCAAGACAGAGUUGGACUCUUAUUUGGAGGAAAAGAUAUAUCCAGGCAAGGCCGAUGAAGAAGAAUCAUUUAAUGUAUUGGAUUAUUGGAGAACUCAUGCAACCAAAUUUCCAAUAUUGUCCAUGAUGGCAAGAGACAUUUUAUCUAUUCAUGUUUCUUCAGUUGCAUCUGAGAGUGCUUUCAGUACAGGGGACGUGUUUUGA